GCAUACGUCAAGUUAGUACGUAAUCGUCGCUACUGCGAGUUGGACGUGCUGUCGCAAAAGAAGCCCAAGUAACGGAGCACGUUAAAAAUUUCGUCAUCUCGUCUCACUCCUACGCGCGCCUUUAAACAAAAACAAAACAAACUAAACUGGCAUGCAUAAUGGAAACGCGUGUAACAAUCAUGUAAAACUGCAUUCGAGGGCAAUGGAUGGAAAUGGAGCGUGCGGCAAGGAACAGCACAUCAAAUUGGUAUUAGAGGUUAACAACUGAAUCUUGGGCGUAUGGGCGUGGUCAAGUUGUAACCCAACAACAUAGCAUAGCCAACACUGGUUACAUCGUGGCGCUGCCUGUGAAGCAUAAAAGUCAAUUAAUGUACAAUUGCAACAACAAUUACAACAAUUGCCAGUGAAUCCAGCGAACGUGGCGACAGCGAACAGAAGCCAGCCAGAGGCAGGCAACCAACACUCAACACCCAUCAGCCAUCAGCCCCGCUCGCCACGUCGGAUGAGCAGCGGAAACGGCCGGCAAGAAAAAUUUGUGCAAAUUACACGCAGCGUGAGGCUGCGUUCCAGGUUGUGCUUGGAGUGGGUGCGGUCGAGGGACUCGAGUGUGGAGCCAGCCACAAGGCCAGCCCAAUACCGAAACGAACGUCCGGUGGCGGCCACAAAAUGACUUUCGUUAACAAGCUGAGCAAAAGCUUCCGCUGGCUGCGCUGCUCGACAUUGUGCGCCAUUUUGUUUUAUAUGUUUUUCAUUGGCCUCAUAUUGCACAGCACCAGCCAGAAGCUGCAGCAGCACCAGCAGCAUCAGCAGCAGCAGCGGGAACAACACAGCUCUGUAGAACAGAGCCAGGCCCAAGCUGAGGCUCAGUCGAAGUCAAUGCCCAAUGAGCGCCCGAAUGGCCGCGACCAGCAGCAACCUAAGGAGCUGCAGCAUCAACAACAACAACAACAGCAAGAAGUGGAGCAUAAGCAAAGGGCGAAGUCGCAGUCACAGUCGCAAUCGCAGUCACAGCUAACGAGGAACAAUUUAGUUUUGGGUAAUGCCCAGGCGAAAGACGUAACUAGCAAAUCAGCCCAGCCGCAGCCCGAAACAGUUAUAUUAACGGCCAGCAAUGUGAACGAGAAGCAAAUACUUGCAAAAGCUUUCAAGCGAGCCGAUCGUAAUCAUGAUGGGCACCUGUCCAUACAGGAGCUGGGACAGUAUAUAAAUAAGCGGAUUGUCGAGCAUAUAGACAUUGCCAUUAUGAAUAAUGCUAGGGAAUUUCGGCGCGUAGACAUUGCACCUGCCGAUGGGCUAAUCACCUGGGAUGAAUAUCAUCGUUUCUUUUUGCGCGAACAUGGCAUGACGGAUGCUGACAUUGAUGAGCACGAUGAGAUCAGGCACACCUCGCUGAAUCGCAAGGCGCGCGAGGAUAUGAUGCGAGAUAAGGCACGCUGGACGGAGGCGGCACGAACGGAUUUAUUUACAUUGACAAUUGAUGAGUAUUUGAGCUUCAGGCAUCCGGAAUCGAGUGUAUCCAAUUUGCUGGAACUGGUGGAUGAUCUGUUGCGUCAGUUCGAUCAGGACGGCGACGAUCAGCUCACGCUGGAGGAGUUCUCCGAACUGAAUGUGGAUGACGAUGAGGACUUGCUGCGCAAGUCCCUUAUAUCCAAAACCCUAGUAGAGCGUCGCGAGGAGUUCAAGCGCAUUAUCGAUAAGAAUCACGAUGGCAAAGCCGAUCGUGGUGAGCUCCUGAACUAUGUCAAUCCGAAGACACCGCGCUAUGCACUCCAGGAGGCGGCUACGUUGUUCAGCUUAUGCGAUGAGAACAAGGACGAAUUGCUAACACUUAAGGAGAUGACUGACAAUGCUGAGAUAUUUUUGCAAUCAAAGAUGAUCGAUACGGCUAACAGUUUUCAUACCGAAUUUUAAUUACACUUUCCUUAUGGCACAUUCACUUUGUUCAAACCGUCCCCCAGUUCAAUCUCACACAAUCCCAGCUCACAACGUUUGUCUAAAAUAACAAUUAUAUAAUCUUUGUGCAUUUAUAGUGAUAUUAAUUUGUAAGUUGUUUAACAUUGUAAUUGAAGAUAUAAUACACGCAUUGCUAUACCUACAUAUAUACAUACAUCUAUAUAUAUAAAUAUAAAUAUAAAGAUAGAAUUAAUUUUGUUAGAAGUUUAUACUACGUAACCCUUAAGAGCAAGAGGCAAUUCAUUUAAAGUGUGAUUUUAAAUAAAAGUUUUACUUAAGAAUGCAAAGCAAA